CAAGACACAAACCGAAUGGUAUCCAGUCCGAAUCCCGACUUCAACCACCGUGCAAGAGGCAUUAUGAAAACAACGAUUUAUACAGCUCUCUUGCUGGUAGCAGCAGUUGCUGCCAGCGAGAAGUCGACGGAGCAGAAGGCUGAACCAUUAGAAAAGAAAUUAGACAAACGUGGUCUCCUUAACUUGGGUUACGGUUACGGUAUAAGCGGGUUGGAUGUCGGUUAUAUCGGCAGCGGUCACGGAAUCGGUGGUGCCUACAACCUCAUCGACCAGGGAGGUCUAUCUCACGGAUACGGAAACAUCGAUCUUGGUGGUCACACUGACAUCACCAGGACAGUUACCCUGGUCAAGGGAGUCCCAUAUCCCGUACACGUCGACCGCCCUGUCCCAUACCCCGUAGAAAAACACGUGCCCUACCCAGUUAAGGUGCCAGUGCCCCAGCCUUACGAAGUCGUCAAACACGUUCCAGUUCACGUUAAGGAAUACGUUAAAGUGCCAGUGCAUGUACCAGCUCCUUACCCAGUAGAGAAGAGAGUACCUUACCCAGUACACGUUCCAGUCGACAGGCCCUACCCCGUCAAAGUAUUAGUGCCCCAGCCCUACCCAGUUGAAAAGCACGUGCCUUACCCCGUUAAGGUGCCAGUGCCACAACCCUACCCCGUGGAGAAACACGUGCCAUACCCCGUCGAAGUUAAAGUACACGUUCCUCAACCUUACCCAGUAAUCAAACAUGUUGGCGUACCCGUAAAGGUCCCAGUCGACAGGCCCUACCCUGUUCACGUACCUGCCCCAUACCCAGUAGAAAAACCAGUUCCAGUCGCCUACCCCGUUGAGAAACCAGUACCUUACCCCGUUCACGUACCAGUUGACAGGCCCUACCCAGUUCAAGUGGACAAACCUUACCCAGUACCAGUCAAAGUUCCAGUACCAGAGCCCUACCCCGUGUACAAGCACGUUCCAGUUGAGGUUGAAAAGCAUGUACCCUACCCCGUGAAGGUCCCCGUUGACAGGCCCUACCCCGUCCAUGUUGACAGACCAGUGCCCGUUGAGGUUGAGAGGCCAGUCCCAGUCCCAGUAAAGGUCCCCGUCUACGUUGGCCACGACAGCGGUCAUGGCAGCGGUUACGGAGGUAGCUAUGGAGGAGGUUACAGCGGUAGCUACGGUGGUAGCUACGGCGGACACAGUCUUGGAGGCUCAUACUAUGAACACUAGAAUAUUUUUAUUUAGUUUUUAAACAAUUCAUAAUCUCACCAGAGCUAUUUAUAUCUCGCCAAAUUACGGCCGGGACACCAGCAAACUAUCCUCUUGUAUAUUUAUACUGUCAUUCUCUGAGAUGUCAUGUAAAAUAAGUGUACUACGUGAUUGCAUAGGAGUACGCGUACGUUGUGAUGUAAAGGUUACCAUUUCUAGGUUAAGUUGACUGUAAAAUACGAAAUAAAUAAAAAAAUAUAAAAUA